AAAUGUAUACUAAUUUGGAAGGGAGAGGAGCAAGGCGGAAACCGGUUCAAGUGAAGUUGAAGUUACGGAAGCUCAACUAACUUCACCUUACCCAAUCCCACCACUUCAAAACCUUCCUAAUUCUCUCAUUCCUCCCCCCUUUUCUCUAUACUACUGUAGAUCUUAUUUCCUUCACUGCCAUUUUGUCGCAAUCUUCAAGAUUGUAUAGAUAUUUUGCAGUACUGAUACCAUGGCUGUUCCAGUUGAAGAAGCCAUUGCUGCUUUAUCUACAUUUUCACUUGAGGAUGAGCAACCUGAGGUGCAAGGGCCAGCUAUAUGGGUAUCAUCUGAUAGAGGGGCAACUUCCAGUCCGAUUGAAUACAGUGAUGUUGCUGCUUAUCGCCUGUCUCUAUCAGAAGAUACCAAAGCUCUCAAUCAGCUGAAUACUCUGAUUCACGAGGGGAAAGAAAUGGCGUCUGUGCUCUAUACAUAUCGGAGUUGUAUAAAGGCUCUUCCUCAGCUUCCUGAUUCCAUGAAACAUAGCCAAGCUGAAUUAUAUUUGGAGACAUAUCAAGUUCUAGAUUUGGAGAUGAGUCGUCUACGUGAAAUUCAGCGAUGGCAGGCAUCAGCAGCAUCUAAACUAGCAGCUGAUAUGCAACGAUUUUCAAGGCCUGAGCGACGUAUUAAUGGCCCUACAGUAACUCAUUUUUGGUCGAUGCUGAAGCUGAUUGAUGUUUUAGUGCAACUUGACCAUCUUAAAAAUGCAAAAGCAAGCAUACCAAAUGAUUUUUCUUGGUACAAGAGGACGUUUACUCAAGUUAGUGUUCAAUGGCAAGACAUCGACUCAAUGAGGGAGGAGUUGGAUGAUUUACAGAUUUUCUUAAGCUCGAGGUGGGCUAUUUUAUUGAACUUGCACGUGGAGAUGUUCAGGGUGAACAAUGUAGAGGAUAUCCUUCAAGCUUUGAUAGUCUUCGCUGUUGAGUCACUGGAGUUGGAUUUCGCACUUCUCUUUCCAGAGCGGCAUGUUCUCUUGCGUGUCCUUCCUGUUCUUGUGGUCUUAGCAACUACAUCAGAAAAAGAUACUGAAGCACUCUAUAAGAGGGUCAAAAUCAAUCGACUUAUUGGCAUAUUCAAGAGUGACCCAGUUAUACCUGCUUUUCCGGACCUCCAUCUUUCUCCUGCUGCUAUAAUGAAAGAGCUGUCAUCAUAUUUCCCGAACUUCGUCAGCCAAACUCGUCUUGCUCUUCCAGCUCCGCAUGAACUUCAGCCUCGUGAAGCUCAAGAUUAUCAGCGACAAUAUCUUAUAGUGAACCAUAUUGGUGCUAUACGGGCUGAGCAUGAUGAUUUUACAGUUCGUUUCAUUUCAUCCAUCAAUCAGUUAGAUUUAUUAAAGUCUACUGAGGGUGCAGAAGUUGAGUGGUCCAAAGAUGUCAAAGGCAACAUGUAUGAUAUGGUUGUUGAAGGAUUUCAACUUCUUAGUCGGUGGACAGGCCGCAUUUGGGAACAAUGUGCUUGGAAAUUUUCUCGCCCUUGCAAGGAUCUAUCUUCUGAAGAAUCCAAUCAUAGUUCGACAUUAUAUUCUGACUAUGAGAAGGUGGUGCGGUAUAAUUACAGUGCUGAGGAGAGAAGAGCAUUGGUUGAGCUUGUUGGAUAUAUUAAAAGCAUUGGAUCAAUGAUGCACCGUUGCGAUACUUUAGUUGCUGAUGCCUUGUGGGAAACAAUUCAUGCUGAAGUUCAAGAUUUCGUUCAGAAUACCUUGGCAACUAUGCUACGUACUACCUUUAGAAAGAAAAAGGAUCUUUCGAGGAUUUUGUCUGAUAUGAGAACCCUUUCAGCGGAUUGGAUGGCAAAUACAAGCAAGCAAGAGAAUGAGUUGCAAAUGCAAUCUUCACAGCAUGGUGAAGAAAACAAAGGGAGUUACCUGUAUCCCAGACCAGUGGCACCAACAGCAGCUCAGGUCCACUGCUUGCAGUUCCUGAUUUACGAGGUUGUCUCCGGGGGAAACAUGAGAAAGCCGGGGGGGCUCUUCAGCAAUACUGGGUCAGACAUACAUGUUGAGGAUUUGAAACAGUUGGAAACCUUCUUUUACAAGCUUGGCUUCUUUUUACACUUGCUUGACUACACAGUGACAAUAUCAACACUCACAGAUCUUGGAUUCCUUUGGUUUAGAGAAUUUUAUUUAGAAACAUCUCGUGUCAUUCAGUUUCCAAUCGAAUGCUCUCUUCCCUGGAUGCUUGUUGAUUAUGUGCUUGAGUCUCAAAAUGCGGGCCUGUUUGAGAGUGUCGUUAUGCCUUUUGAUAUCUACAAUGAUGCGGCUCAGCAUGCAUUGACUGUGCUCAAGCAGCGCUUCCUCUAUGAUGAAAUUGAAGCCGAGGUGGAUCAUGGUUUUGAUAUUUUUGUGUCCAAAUUGUGUGAAGUUGUUUUCACAUAUUACAAGAGCUGGGCAGCAAGAGAAUUGCUGGACUCCUCAUUCCUAUUUACCGUGGACAAUGGAGAAAAGUACUCUGUACAACCUAUGAGAUUCAAUGCGCUAUUUAAAAUGACCAGAGUUAAGUUGCUUGGAAGGACAAUUGAUUUGAGAUGCCUGAUUUCACAACGUAUGAACAAGGCAUUCAGAGAGAACAUGGAGUUUUUGUUUGAUCGUUUUGAGUCUCAAGAUAUAUGUGCUAUCGUUGAACUGGAUAACCUCGUAAGUAUAUUAAAACAUGCCCAUAAGCUUCUGUCCGAGGAUCUGGCAAUAGACGCAUUCAAUCUCAUAUUCAGUGAGAUGCAAGAGAACUUAUCUCUUGUUUCCUAUUCAAGUCGACUUGCUUAUCAGAUAUGGUCAGAGAUGCAAAAUGAUUUCCUUCCAAACUUUAUAUUAUGUAAUACUACUCAAAGAUUUGUCCGAUCACCGAAAAUGUCCAGUGCUCGAGUUCAGAAGCCAUCAAUGCCAUAUGGCAAGCCAAAUUUCUACUGUGGUAACCAAGAUUUGAAUUCUGCACACCAAAGCUAUACAAGAUUGCACAAUGGUUUCUUUGGAAUGCCUCACAUGUUUUCCAUCGUCCGCCUUUUGGGGACCCGGUCUUUGCCAUGGCUGAUCCGUGCUCUACUUGAUCACAUAUCGAAUAAGAUAAGUUCCCUUGAAGCAAUGAUUACAGGAUUGCAAGAAGCAUUGCCCAAAUCUAUAGGUCUGCUUCCCUUUGAUGGUGGUGUGACAGGUUGUAUGCGACACAUAAAAGAGCAGCUUAACUGGACCUCAAAGACAGAGCUCAAGCAGGAAGUUCUUCAGGGAAUAAAGGAGAUAGGAAGCAUACUGUAUUGGAUGGGCCUGCUUGAUAUUGUAUUAAGGGAAGUGGACACAAAACGCUUUAUGCAACUUGCACCCUGGCUUGGCUUUAUACCUGGCACGGAUGGACAAAUCAUGCUAUCACAAGGAGACGAGGAAAGCCCUCUCGUGAACUUACUGAAGUCAACAACUACCGCAAUUGUGUCAAAUCCAAAUUGCUCAAAUCCAGCUUCCUUCUACACCAUGUCAAAACAGGCAGAAGCAGCAGAUCUCUUAUAUAAAGCCAAUCUGAAUACUGGAAGUGUUCUGGAGUAUGCUCUUGCAUUUACUAGUGCCGCACUGGACAAGUACUGUAACAAAUGGAGUGCAACUCCAAAGACAGGAUUCAUAGACAUUACUACUUCAAAAGACUUCUACCGGAUAUUUAGUGGUCUCCAAAUAGAACAUUUAGAGGAAACUGUUCAAGGAGUUCCUAAUAUUCAUGAGGUGCUCGGAGAUUCAGUAGCUUGGGGAGGCUGCACAAUCAUAUAUUUACUUGGCCAGCAGCUGCACUUUGAACUUUUUGAUUUCUCAUAUCAAGUCCUUAACGCUGCUGAAGUCGAGGCUACAGAACUUUCGCAAAUUCAUAAAACUGUUCAGGGGCAGGGAUGGGAUUCCUUAAUAGAAGUCAUGAAGAAAGCAAGGAGGCUUAACAAUCACGUGUUUUCAAUGCUAAAAGCACGUUGCCCGCUUGAAGACAAGGUAGCAUGUGCAAUAAAGCAAAGUGGAACGCCUCUGCAUCGAAUCAAGUUCGAAAACACGGUCUCAGCUUUUGAAACACUUCCACAGAAGAGCAGCUAAUUUCUUCCAUUUUAAUAUAGCUAGUAUGGCAUAAGAUUAGUGUAGAUUGUAACUUCUACAGAAGAGGGUAGUGAAUUGUGAGAGCAUCGGGUAUUGUCUGUAAUAUAAAUUACUAAAGAAAAUGUGUCAGCCAGAGAGCUAUCGGAAUAUGGGAUGGAUCUUGUGUUCUUGCAUAAUCAAUUAUAUAUUUAAGAAACUACAAUUACUUGUAAGAAUUGCCCAUAAUGUGGCUAAGAGUGAACAGAGCAUUUCACAGUUUGGGCGUCAUGCUGUAAAAGAUCUGCACCUAAACUCAUGUACAUGUUUUUAUGUUAACUGUUAAGUGCUUUCUAUUCUGUUAGGAAGCAAUGUUGACCAUAUUA